AUGAAUAAUCUAGAAAUUAGGAAUGAACUAGUUGAUAAUUAUGAGCACAUUGAUGAUAAUUUAGAGUAUAUUAUUGAAAAUAUCCUCCAAAUUGGUGAUGGAGGUAAGGAAUACAAAGAUUUAGAGGAUGAUUUUCAAUCUAGUAUAAUUAAGUUCUGUUACUGUGAAACAAAUAGUUGUGGAAAUGAAGGCUGCAUCCAUGGUGAAAAUUAUGAAUUAAGAAAUAAUCAAUUAGUGCUUAGGAAUGAUCGAAAGUGUAAGGACAUCAUCUAUGAAUGCAAUGAUAAUUGUCAAUGUCCAAAAUCCUGUUUAAAUAAAUUAGUUCAAUUUGGUCCAAUUGAUGGAUUAAAGAUACAAAAUUUCGAUACCAAAGGCUAUGGAUUAAUUACCACAAAGACGCUAUUAGAAGGAACAUUCAUCUGUGAAUAUGCAGGAGAAAUUCUAACAAAAACUGAAGCAAUUAAACGAGAUAAAUCACAAAAUGCAAUUAAUUAUAUUUUAUGUCUUAACGAAAUCUCAUCAGAAUCAAAUUCCAAUAAGAUUCAAACCUUCAUAGAUCCAAGAAUUAAAGGAAAUAUUGGAAGGUAUCUCAACCACAGUUGUGAUCCAAAUUGUGAGAUUCUAAGCGUUCGCGUUGAUUCGAUUAUUCCAAAAAUUGCUAUUUUUACAAAAAGGAACAUUAAGGAGAAUGAGGAACUUACUUUUAGCUACGGGACUGUCGAUUUAAAUUUAAUUGAUGAGAUUAAUAAGAAAUUUUGUUUUUGUGGAGCUCAAAAUUGUAGAAUUUAUUUGCCUAAUUUGUCAUUCUGUUAA